AUGGCUCUCACCCUGCUCGACCUGUCCAACCUCCACACGCUCGCUUCCCCUCAGCUCAUCUGGACCCUUUCGCUGCUCUUGCUUUCUGCCACUGGGGUCUUCACAUUCGCUAGAAGCUCGAUAUGGUUCUCUGGCGCUCCCAAUAAGGCUUCUGCUCCCACACGUCCCGUGGGUCUUCGCAAGCAUAAUCUCGGCCAGCCUAGGCCUGGCGUCGCGAACGCGUACACCAUGGAGCGCGAGUUGACCGUGCCGUUUCCUAUCGGCGAGGUGCGGGUGUCUAGUCUGCUUGUUCAUCCCAUCAAGAGCUGCCGGGGUACGCUGGUGGCGGAGGCUCGCUAUGGUCCUGAAGGGCUUGAGAACGAUAGGAAAUGGUGCAUUAUACAGGCCUCAUCAAACGAGAUCAUCACCGCGCGGGAUACACCCAAUAUGGUGCUCAUUACCCCGCACAUAGAGAUCAACGCCACUUCGCCGUAUGGAGGAAAGCUAGUUGUCUCCUUCCCCGAAGAUUCGGGAUGUGAAACCUUCUCGGUCCCUCUGAACGUGACACAAGAUAUUAUCGAUACCUGGCCUAUCGUGGAAGAGUGCACGGUUCAUGGAUUCAUCAUUCAAGGCAUCAUAUGUUCCUCCAUAGACGACAAACCCAGGCGCACGCCAUCCGAGAUUCUCUCGCAAUACUUUAAGAAGCCGGUGCACCUCGUCAUGAAGGGACCCAAACGGCGGCGGUGCCCGCCGACUACUGCGUUCCCGGACCUUGACGAGUCCUCCCUCUUCCAGGACGCCUACCCGUUCCUUGUCGCUAGUGAAGAGAGCCUGGAGGAAGUGACCCGCGUCGUACAGUCUUUCGCGCAGGACACGAGCCCGGAAGCUCGCAUCGGUGGACUCGACCGCGGUCGGUGGAGCUCUGGGAUGGUCCCGAUGGAGAGGUUCAGACCGAACAUCGUCCUCAAGGGCUCCGGAGUUCCCUUUGCGGAGGACAUGUGGCGACGGAUCGUGCUCCGACCUUCCCAGCCCAGCAAAAGCACUGGCACGGACGAGGCGCGCACAUUCACGCUCGUUUCCAAAUGCACGCGGUGUCUAUUACCCAAUGUUGACCCCUCGACGGGCAUGCGUGAUGCUGCAGUGCCAUACAAAGUACUGCUGAAGUUCCGGCGCAAAGAUCCCACGAAAAAUACGAAGUCGUGCUUCGGGUGUAAUGCCAUCGUUGGAGACCAAGGUAUCAUCCGUGUUGGAGACCGCAUGGAGGCGAAGACACAGAUCCGGCAAGCGGUCUUCCAAGGACUUUCCGAUCCCCUUCGCAAGAUUCGCUCACUUUGCGCCCGAGUCCUCUCUUCGAUAGCAAAUUGCGACUGGCCAGAUGAAUACCCCGACCUACUCACUUCGCUCUUGAACCUGCUGUCUUCUGGAUCUUCCGACUCCGUCCAUGGUGCUAUGCAGCUGUUCACGGAGUUCAUCAAGGCGGAUUUGACAGAAGAUCAGAUCUUACCCGUCCUCAGGCAACUACUCCCCGUGCUCCUCAACAUUCUCGGUGCACCACAACAACAUUCUCCCUUGACGCGCGCACGAACUUUGGAUGUCUUCCGCCAAUGCGUCGAGGCGCUUUACAUGGUCAAGAAUCAGUACCCAGACGCGGUCAAGGAAGCGGUCAGCUCGGUCCUGCCGGUCUGGCUUGACGCGUUCAGGACCCUCCUCAACUCCGAUCCACGGGCCGACGUCGAGAACACGCCGAAUUGGGACGGUCUCGCGAUACGUAUCCAAGUGUUCAAAUCACUAGACACUAUCCAUACCUCUUUCCCUCGGGCCCUCACUCCUUACUUGAAGGAUCUCCUCGACGCGGCUCUCGUCCACCUCUCCGUCCUUUUCCCCACCUUCUCUCGCUGCUACCUGCAAUCGGGAGCUGCAGUCCCCGCGUCGAGCGAAGACGAGACCAUCGAGCUUACACACUUGGUUUGCCCAAUGCUUGAUUUCGUUAACCGUGCUGCUCGAUCCGGGAGAGCGACAGACUGGUUCGAAGGCGACAACCUGUCAAACCUCGUCGGCGGCGUGUUCAGCUGGGUGCAGAUGACGAAGGACGACGAGGAGGAAUGGGCCAACAAUGCGAACGCAUUCGUUGCCCAGGACUCUGACGAGACUCUGGCGUACAGCGUUCGCAUGGCCGGUUUUGAACUACUCUCCUCAUUGGUCGGCCGGAGAGCUGCUGCUGCUGUCUCCGCUUUCCAGUCUACCAUUCAACGCGUAGUUGGAGAGGCAGAGCAAACGCGGAACGCCGGAAGUCAGGAAUGGUGGCGCACGUUGGAAGCGGCACUUGCCGCCAUUGGAGCGCAAGCAGAAGACGUGCUCGAGGCACUCGACGACGAGCGGCUAGCUGAGCGGGAGAAGCCCAUCGACAUCGAGUCUCUUCUGACGAACGUUGUUCCGAGCUUCCUCGUGCUCUCGCAGUUCCCCUUCCUCCAGGGUCGGGCUUUCGUCUUUGCGAGCCAGUACGCGAGGUUGUUGCCUCCGCAGUACGCGGCUCAAUACCUCGAUGCUGCGGUGCAAGUCCUGGAAUCUGCAGAAGCCGGCGUGCCUGUCAAGGUUUCCGCUGUCAAGGCUAUCCACAAUUUCUGCCAAAACAUCGACGACGCCGUGUCGGUUCACAUGGCAGCACGUAUCGCCAAAGACAUCGGGCCGUUCCUUGCAGUCACAUCGGAGGACACACUCACGCUGGUCUUGGAAACGCUCGCUGUCGUGGUGCAGAUUGACGAUGGCAAGUGGAUCACCAAGGAUCUCGCGCAAGCCCUCGUUGCUGCGGUUCUGGAUGUCUGGAUGAAGAACAAUAAAGGCAAGUCACGACGUGCCCUGGCCAAGAAUGGAACCCUAAUGUUUCAACUAGAUCCAAUUUUCGUCUCCAUCUUGACCGACGUGCUGGGCUCGUUGGCCAGUUCCCCCGCUCCUGGUAUAUACCAAACUGUGGUUCAACAAGCGCUCCCCGCUCUGUGUAAUGCGAUCGCGAGCUCGGCGACGGAGAACUCAUGGAUCUCAAGUGCUGCUAUCGAGCUCAUUACUAGUCUCGUUGAGGGUGCGUCUGACGGCGCGCUCGGCGAAGGCUUCUUCGCUACGCUUGCGCCUAGCCUCUUCGGAUGUCUCGCGGCGACAGAGGACCGAGACUGCAUCCAGAACGGCAUCGUUUGUCUCACCUUGAUCACCCGCAAAGACAUCCAGCAGAUCGUCUCGUGGUCUGACGCCACCACCAGCCAGUCCGGCCUGGACAUGGUUCUUCAAGUAAUCGCGAAGCAACUGCAGAGCGAGGACGAGUCCGGAGGCCUCGUCAUCGGGGACCUGAUCAUUCACCUUUUGCGCCGUGCGGGCGAAUCCGUCCUGCCUGUCCUCCCGCAACUGCUCGAGGCGAUGGUCCGACGGAUGCGCACAGCGAAGACUGCCACGUUCCUCCAGGUGCGAAUCACUUUCAUAACCCGAGCGCACGCACCCUCAUCCGGGAUACCGUCUGAGCUCCUCGAGAACAUGUCCGUCGACGGCACGCCCGCACUCGAGGUGUUCGUUCGCACGUGGUGCGAGAACGCCGAGACGUUCCAGGGCUACUGGCCGCCGCGCAUCAGCACGCUCGCGCUCUGCGCGUGCUUCGCGAACGCGCGCCCCAGCCUUCAAGGUAUCAUCGUGAAGGGCGACAUCAUCGUCAAGCCCGAGACAAAAAACGUGAUCAUGACGCGCUCGCGGACCAAGCAAAUUCCGACGGAGUUCACCUCCGUGCCGUUCCCCGUCAAGGCGAUCAAGCUCCUGCUCCGCGAGCUUCAGACCGGCGGCGAGGCGCCCCAUGGGCUUCGACACCGCCGACGUGGACGAAGUCGAGACGAGGAAUGGACGGCAGAGGAGAAGCUGUACCAGGGCUUCAAGGCGGACGAGUUCGCGCUCCUCUCGGACAUGCUCGGUCCGCGCGGCGCCGCGUUCGACAACGACGACGCGCUGGACGUCCACGACGACGAGGACCUCAAGGCAGACCCGGUGUCGACGAUGGACAUGCGCGCGCACCUGCUCGGCUUCCUCCGCGAGUCGGGGUGCUGCAGAAGGUGGUGA